AUGAUGUCCGCGUGGUCUAACAAUGCGCUGGAGCCCCCGGGCUCCCCUCGGCUCGGCAAGACGGGCCCGGGACACCUAACUGAGCUGUUACAGUGGUAUGGAGCCACCUUUAGAGACCCCAUGAUGCUCCAGCCCCCGGAGUGGUUCAAGGCAUUUAUAUAUUGCGAAGCCUUCUUACAAAUGCCCUUCUUCCCCGUCGCAGCGUACGCCUUCUUGAAAGGUGGCUGCAGAUGGAUAAGGACUCCUGCAAUUAUCUACUCCACCCACGUAGCUACAACGCUGUUUGCCAUCCUUGCGCACAUCCUGUUCCACGAUUUCUCCAAGUCUGAGCACUUGGGCCCCCAGACGCAGCGGGAGCGCCUGAUCCUGCUCUCUGUCUACCUGCCCUACUUGCUGAUACCCCUGCUGAUUCUCUUCACCAUGCUCUGCAACCCCCACUACAACCAGGUGGAGAAAAGGAAAAGGAAGUAG